AUGAACAAUGAUUAAAAAUAACUAGAUCUUAUAAAAUAAGAAAUCUAAAACUAGAUUCAAUUAAAUAAUAAAAUGGCAUAAUCCUAAGAUUUAUUAAUAGAAUAAAUGAAACAAAUAGCAGAAUAUGAACUUAAAUUAGAUUUUUUUCAACAAUAACAACAAAGUACUCUUUAAGUAGAAUGUCAUUCUCUUUGGUUAAUGAUUUAGUUAAUUAAGAAGAUAUAUAUUAGAAGGUUAAUGAAACUAUAUAGUCUGAGUUUUAGAGUAUCAUUUAAAAUACAGAUAGUACUCGAAUCAAUAAUAUUGAAUAAAUUGAUGAAUUUAGUUAUUUUAAAAAAGAAUAUUGUGGAUUAAAAGAUAAUCAAUAUAUUAAAGAAAUUAUAAAAAAAGAUAGAGUAAUAAUAAAACUUUUAGAUCUAGUAUAAAAAUUACACUCAUCCUAAAAAUUUAAAUGAAAUUGGGAAUGGAUUGUAUGAUGGAAGUGGAAAAUAAGCAUCUUUCAAAGUUUCACAAAAAUAAGGAUUUUUGUAAAUGCAAUAGAAAACACUCUUUGGAUUUUAGGAUUGGGUUGAAUUCUUUGCAUUAAUGACAGAUGUGGGACUAUUAUUAUUUAAAUCAGCUGGAGAUAUGCAUCCAAUCCUAUUUGUCCCAUGUGCAGAUGCAAUUAUAAUUAAAAAUCCUUUGAAAUGUAAACCAAAUUGUCUUAAGAUCAAAUAUAGAGAUUAUGAAUACAUUUUUAAUGUAACUUCAUAAGCAUUGUUAGAAGAAUGGUAUUAAGAAUUAAAUAGAUAAGUAAUUAGUUAACAUAAAUUCCAACUAUCUUAAUCAUUAAGGAAUAUUUGA